AUGGACAAACGAUUGACACGUAUUUAUUUCGUUCUGUUACUGUGCUGCCAGAAUUUAACGUUGGGAUGUAGAUGGAUAAAUCAUAAAUUUAAGCAAUAUAACGCAGAAUGCCUGGAUUUACUUAAAGAGAUGCCAGAGAAACAAAUCAGGUUUGUCAUUCAGGCUCUGGAAGAAAUCACACAGCUUUUUGAUAAAGACAUGGAUUCUGUGUCCUGGGAUGAGGAUAAAAUUGACACUUUCUUAAAUGUUCUUGGUCAACAAGUGUCUGGACUGAAAUCAUGUGUUCAUAGGCAAGUGAGGAAAAACAACAAACUUCAGUUGUACUUUGAGAGAUUGAGAAACCACACCCUGCAACUCAUGGGUGAUAAUAUCCAGGGAUGGGAGUUUGUUCAGACGCAGGUGAUGAGACAUUUGCGGAUGCUGGAGUCACUCCCUGCUGUCAACUCUCGUGUCAGUUAA